CGCUGGACACUGGUCAUGAUUUUCGCAAUAAAGGAGAUUAAUCAGGAUUCAAAGAUACUUCCAAAUAUCACACUAGGCUAUCGAAUUCAUGAUUCCUGUGCUUCACCAUCUCAGGCUCUCAAAGCAGCCCUGACACUGGUAAAUGGACAAGAAAAAAAUAUUCCAGAAUUUAAUUGCAAGGGAGGUUCUUCUAUUGCAGCCAUCGUUGGAGAGUCCGGAUCAUCACAGUCGAUAACCAUAGCAAGGGCAGUCGCAUCGUUUGGUAUUUCAAUGGUCAGCUAUUUCUCUACCUGUGCGUGUCUAAGCAACAAACAAGAAUUCCCUACGUUUUUCAGGACUGUGCCAAGCGAUUUGUUUCAGGCCAAGGCUUUAGCUCAGUUUGUGGAACAUUUCGGUUGGACCUGGAUCGGGACCAUUGGAGGGGACAAUGAGUACGGUCGGUAUGGAAUCCAAGCGUUCAGCGAGCUCGUCCAGCGAGCUGGAGUCUGUAUCGCUUUCUCAGAAACGAUUCUCAGAACAUAUUCCAAAGAAAGAAUACUCAAGAUUGUAGGCACCAUAAAAAUGUCGACUGCAAAGGUUAUCUUGGCUUUUGCUUCCGAAGGUGACCUUUACCCGUUGCUGAAAGAAGUUGUCCGUCAAAAUAUCACUGGCAUUCAGUGGGUAGCCAGUGAAGCAUGGAUUACAGCGGCACGACCUUCAACAAAGGGUAAUUUCAAGUCUCUCGGGGGAACAAUUGGAUUUGCAAAUCGCAAAAUGGCAAUCCCAAAGUUUAAAGACUUUCUUCUGAGUCUACGCCCUUCAAUACAUUCCACCAACGAUUUUGUGAAUGUUUUCUGGGAAACGAUAUUUGGUUGCACGUUUAACAGAAACAGCUCCGUCUUCCGCACCAAGAAAUGCACUGGACGUGAAAAAUUACAAAAGGUGAAGAACUCUUUCUUUGAUGUAACUCAUUUGAGAGUUUCCUAUAAUGUCUACAAAGCAGUUUAUGCCAUAGCUCAUGCACUCCACAGUUUGCUAUUUUGUGAAGAUGAACUACUGGGAGCCUAUCUUUGCGCUAAUGUUUCCAAUAUCGAACCAUGGCAGCUAUUUCAGCAUUUAAAAGAAGUAAGAUUUACCAACCGCUUUGACGAACACAUAUAUUUUGAUUCAAAUGGAGAUCCCACUGCAUCAUAUGAUAUUAUAAACUGGCAGAUGAAGCAGAAUGGUUUGGUUGAACAUGUAACAGUUGGCUAUUUUGAUGCAUCUGCAGCAACUGGAAAUAAGUUUAUGAUAAAUGAAGAUAGUAUUAUAUGGCAUGGGAACAAAACAAAGGUCCCACAGUCUGUAUGCAGUGAAAGCUGCCCACCUGGUACAAGAAAAACUGUACAGCACAGACAACACACAUGCUGCUUUGACUGCAUACCAUGUUCUGAAGGUGAAAUCACCAAUGCAACAGAUUCACUAGAAUGCACGAAAUGCCCCCUGGAAUACUGGUCAAGCAAUGACAGCCAAAGAUGUAUACUGAAAGAAAUUGAGUUUCUCUCCUUUGAAGAUACCAUGGGAAUUAUCCUGAUGAUGGUGGCAUUAUUUGGAGCAUGCAUCACUUUGAUUAUUGCUUCUGCAUUUCUUUAUUAUAAAGAUACCCCCAUCGUCAAAGCUAACAACUCUGAAUUAAGCUUUCUGUUGCUAUUUUCAUUGGCACUUUGUUUUCUGUGCUCACUUACAUUUAUUGGUGAGCCCUCAGUUUGGUCUUGUGUACUGCGGCACACAGUGUUUGGCAUUACGUUUGUCCUUUGCAUGUCCUGCAUACUAGGGAAAACUAUUGUCGUGCUCAUGGCAUUUAAGGCAACUGUUCCUCAAAUGAAUAUGAUGAAAUGGUUUGGGCCUGUGCAACAAAGGGCCAUGGUGUGUGCAUGCACUUUCAUCCAAAUUCUCAUAUGCAUCAUCUGGCUUGUUGUUGCUCCCCCUUUCCCAACAAAAUAUACAAAAUAUCAUAAUUCAAAGGUUAUUUUGGAAUGUAAUGUUGGGUCUCCAAUAGCCUUCUACUGUGUAUUGGGAUACAUUGGUAUUCUAGCAUGUGUGUGUUUUAUGCUAGCUUUUUUGGCAAGAAAGCUGCCAGGCAAUUUCAAUGAAGCAAAGUUCAUAACUUUUAGUAUGCUCAUCUUCUGUGCAGUGUGGUUAACAUUCAUUCCAGCCUAUGUAAGCUCUCCUGGCAAAUAUACAGUUGCAGUUGAAAUUUUUGCCAUUUUGUCAUCUAGCUUUGGUUUACUUUUCUGCAUUUUUGGUCCAAAAUGCUACAUUAUCUUAUUCAAACCAGAGAAAAAUACAAAACAGAAUCUGAUGAGGAAAAUUCCUUCAAAAAGGCUUUAAGGAGUACAUAAUGAACAGUUCCACAGUGUCUAAAAGCCAAACAGAUCCAUUAUCUUACCAU